UGAAUGUUUCUGUUUAAACUGAGGAAACAGCUGCAGUAAAUGACUGCUGAAGAUGGAGGAAGAGAUUCAUCAUUCCGCGGUGGUUUUUAAAAACAGGGGCCCAGCUGAGAGAGGUAAGUGACUUUGAUGGUUUUUAUGCAAAUAAGUUCCAUUGGAGAUCAAAUAUAUGUAACUUUAGGCUCUUCAACAUCUGUACAAGGUUCUUCAUUUGUGAGAUUCCAAUCGUAAAACUUAUUUUGAUAGAAACAAUUGACUGGCAACACUUUUUUUAUAAGUCACAGUUUCCUACAGCGUUUCUUUUUGUCUAUAAAUAAGUGGAGUCACAACUUUAACAAAGACUGUGCUUGAGCUUCAAAAACUGAAAGGUUUAUUCAACUGAAAUACACACUCAUGUUUGAAGACAACAAAAUGAUCCAAAUUAAUCUCAGAAAAGAUUGUAUUUCUUGUAAUCUUAGUUUGUGUGAGACUUUCUCCUUUAUAAAUAUUUCUUCGACAGUGCACACUCACUGCUCCCCAGUUGGUGGUUUUACUUUAUACCAAUCCAGUAUUACCUUUUACUUGCUGAUAAAAGUAUUUUAAAAGAUACUUGUCUUCUUUUUAUACUAUAUCGUGUUUUAUAUUUUAUGUUAUAUCGAUAUUCUGUUAUUUUUGGACGGACGGAUGGAUGGAUGGAUGGGUGGGUGGAUGGAUCAUAAGAACUCACUUGUUUUUCCCCUCCUGUUCUUCCAGAGAGAGAAGAAAAAGGAAAAGGAGCUGCAGCUGCCUCACCAAGUAAGUCAGCACAUCUGCUGAAGUAUUAUGGAGCCAACAGCUGCUACAAUUUAGUUUGAAAGUCAGAAUAAAUUCAUAAUCAUUACUGAGGGUUUUUUUAUUAAUUCAUUUGAGUGAUACAUGUUGAGGGAAAUGAGUGCAGUAUAAUGUAGGAACGUGUAUAAUGACCGUAGAGUUGCUCAGGGAUUCGUUUGAAAUGAGUGAUCAUUUUAAAUCACAACACUGUUUUCUUAAAGAAUGAUAAUUACUGACUUGAUCUCAACUCUGAUUAUGAUUAAUUUAUAAUCUCACUUAUUUUAGGUGCCCGCCCUCACUUCUGUGUGUUGUCCGUGUGUUUGGGGGUAGUGUGUGUCCUCCUGGUGUCGAGUGUCGGUGCCAUCAUACACAGUGAGUUUCACUUUACAUCUCCACUAGUUUUCCUGAAUUAUUAGAGGAGCUUAUGUUAGAUUCUCUCCCUUUAGUCAGUGCAGUAAUGAACGAACAGAAAGCAAACCUUCAGGACCUCAGAGCAGAAAUCCAGCAGCUGAUCACAGAGAGAAGCAUCUGUGAGAGAGAGACCGAGCAGCUGAGCAGAGUCGCAGGGAAUUACAACAGGACGCUGGAAGUUAUCAUGGAGUUUGACACUUUCCCAGUGAAGGAAUUCUGCCCAGAAAAGAGUAGGAGCUUCUUACUUUACAGUACAUUUACACCAAGUACGAUAUGAUAGCAAAGCUGAAGGUGAUGCCACUUACCUCCUAUUAAAAUUUUCUGUUUUGUUUCAAUGCAGAGUGUCAGCCGUGUCAGAGAGGCUGGGUUCAGUUUCAGGGAAAGUGCUACCUGUUUUACGAAAAAAACUAUCCAUGGCUGACUUGGCAAGACAGCCGGACGUACUGCCAAGAUGAAGCUGGAGAUCUGGUGGUUGUGAACAAUCCACAGGAGCAGGUGAGCGAACACAUAAAACUGGAGGUGAGAGGAAGAGUUAAAGUUGCGUAUGAUGUCUGAGAACCCAAGUAAUAAGAGUUUGAAUCAUAAUCGAGCCAACAGUUAAAUAUUUAAGAGGUUAGCAGCAUCCUUACCUCGAACUGUGCAUGCUUUAACUUUAAAGGAAUUCAUCAGCCGGCACAUCCAUUACUACCACGAUACCUACCAUGGAUACUGGCUGGGGUUACAAAAAUCUGAUACCAAUAGGUGGCAGUGGGUGGAUGGACACUAUGACACUCUUGGGUAAGAACUCCUUUAAAAUAAAUAUUAAGAAAACUGUAAAUCAGUCGAAGACGAGAGGAAAACAGCUAACGUUUGUUUGACGAUAGUUUAUAGUGUUACAAGGUAAAAAAAUAGUUUUCAGUCAAUAGAGAAGUAUUAAACUUGUCAACAGAAUUUAAAUGGGCUUAAAACCAGAAUACAGAAUUAAGAUUUUAACUGUAAAUCACAGCCCAAGAGCUUUUUAUCCUUACCUGCUGCCAUUUCAAAGGUACUGAUAUUUGCAUUGUAUGUUCAAAGGUACUGGACGGAAAAAGGUUCUCAGGGUCCAUGCGGGCUGAUGAUUCCUAAUAAGAGUCUUACAGCAAGCUGGUAUCCUGCAAAAUGCUACUUUUGGAACAAAUUCAUCUGUGAAAGUGAAGCUCUGAUUUGGUCUCACGUGUAAAACUUUGUGUCAUUUCUUCAGAGUAUUCCUUGCUUUGUUUGUAGCACAUUUUCACAACAUAUAAGUUAUGAAUUUGACCCCCAAAGCAGUUUGAAGAUUCAUUAUUAUGUCUGUGUUAUCAGCGAGUUUUUGGUUUUGUUAAAUGCUUUUAUGGUUUCUCAUUUAUGAGCUGGUAUCUCUUUAAACUGAUCUAUCUGUCUAAAGCAUAAAAUCCCUGAGUCUAAAUUCAAACAUGUUGUUCACUCUGUGACAGAAGUUUUUGGUCUUACAUAACGACCUACACAAUGAGCCUUAAUGUGUUGUGCAAGAAACUGAUUCCUGUUUGACAUAUAUGUGUUGUCAAAUUCUUGUUUUAUCUGUGUUCGGUUAAUCCAACUUCUGUUUCCUUGUACUACUAACAUCUUUAUUACAAAUACAAGUCUCUGCACAUUCACAUGGGUGUAAAGUUAGCUCAGCUGCUUUUACAGAAUAAAUUAUUAGACUGGAAAUAAA